CGAAUCGAAUUCAAUCAAUCGUUCUCCGGACCAGCUUUUCUCUUCGCCCUCUUCUUCUGAAAACCACAAACUUGCAUCCAGUUUCGGCAGCAAGUUAUUAGUCACUCAAGCAAGAAGCCGUCCUUGGAGGUGGUGUCAUCAUUGCCGUCCCUCUCUCGUGCCCCCCCCCCCUCUUGUUCUCUCCCUUGGACUUGCGUACUCUGGUCUCUCUGUCUCUUAUAAGUCUUGCGGUUGCGGACACAGUAAGCACUUCCCAGUACUAGUACUGUAGCCACGAUACGAUCCAAUCCAAUCCAAGGAGUCAAGAGGAAGAAGAAGUACGAUUAGUUAACACCAGUACACACCAAUUAGCACCUAAAUCAUCAUGGACGUCGUCUCUUCUCCCUUGAAACAACAACAGCAGGGGGUUUGCUGCAAAGGUGGUGGAGAAGACAGCGACUAUGAAGACGAGCAGAUCCGCCGCUUGGAGCAAGGGUCGGGUCAGAAUUACUUUGGAUCCCAAUCGUUGCUCUCGCAGGAAAUGCAGUAUCAAGGUGGUGGAUUAUCACAGGACACGAUCGGCAAUUUGUCGCAAGUGAGCGUGAAUUCGUCCGAGAAUUUUGACUCGCAGCAAUUGGUGCAACAGUACGGACUGCUGUCGCAAGGAGAUCGGCCCGCUUCGCAGGGUGGAUUUGGGACACUUUUGGAUGCGGUUUCCAUGUUUCAAAGUCAGGAAGAAGAACAGGAGCAACAGGAGAAACGAGCCAAAAUUAAAAAGGAAAAAGAAGAAGAACAAGCAAAGAACGCUCCUGUGAUUGUAGACAACAGUACUACUACUACAAAUAAUUUGGAAACCACAAACAGUCAAGACUCGGUCGAGACGACGACAACCACCACUGCCAUCAAAACACGUGCUCCCAGUAAAAGGCCCACCAGAAAGCCAACGUUACCGUUGAAGAGGAACUCGGGAAACAGUAGCAACAUCAAAAAGACCACUCCGGCGGCGGAAGUGCCUCCUCGAAAGCGCAAACGCAAAGACGAAGACGAACAAGCCAAACUGCAAGAACAGGCCAACCGAGCUGCUGAUUUGGCACAGAGGACCAUCAAUGACCCGGAACUGGCCAAGCGACUCUUGCUCUCCAUGGCGCUGACACGAGAGAAUCCUAGGUCGGCUCCAGAGACAUUGCCAGGUCCAGGACAUGUCUUGCCAGAAGGAUUCUUUUGGGCACAUUAUCCUCCACUGGAAAAGGUGUUGAAGGACAACAUGGCGGAAUAUUAUGAAUUGUCCAUUACCAAAUGUCAAUCGGCACAACAGCAGUCGUUCAACAACACGCUCGUGUUACUGGUUCGUAACGAGUCCGAUCGUCUGAAGUGGGAGUACGCGUCUUGUUUUACCGACAAGAUUUUGCGCGAUCGCAUUCGAUGCUACUACAAAACACACAUUCAAAAUGCCAAAAAGAGGCUACGAACCAUGAUCAAGAAUCCCACCAAAAAGGCCAACGCCCGCCAUCUCUGUUCCCAUUUGGACAUGAUCGAACAGAAUGUACAUACCCAUGCUGCGGAUGAUGUCGCGGUUCCCGAGACGGACGCCACCGUGCCUGCGACGACGACCACGACGAUUCCGACUCCGACGGGAACAACGGCAGCAGUAGCAGCGACAACAACCUCGACGACGGUGGACCCGGCCACCAACACUGUCAUCACCCACAAAGAUUGGGGGUCCUCCUUUGCGGGUGAUAUUGCCAAGGCGGCGGGUGCCAUUGCGAAACCGCCACCGCUGGAGGAGCGUGUCGCUGUUUCGGUAGUCGCCAUGACGGCCAAGAGUCUUGGCCACGAAGAAACCGGAAAAGUGCUGCCUGCGGCCCCGAAUGAGGCCGAGAAGCGUCCCACAGAGCUCAAAGCAUUCCCUAACCGUGGGAGGCAUUCCAAAGAUAUUCCCUUGCCACCGUUGGAGACGAAAGUCAAGCAAGAACCAGAAACUAGCGAUAGCGCGAUGCCCCCAAUGCCCCCUCUGGAGCAGACGGUCACGCCGGCAAAAGAAGCACCACCAACACCAGGAAAGAGCGGCGAAGCGGUGGUUGCCAGUCCGCCCAAAUCCACAAAUGACAACACCUGUGCGGUAAUGACUCCAUCGGCAAACGAGAAGGCAGGGCUGCAGAAGCUGUUGCAGCCCUCUCCAGUACCAUCCAAAUCCGUUCCAGUCAGCGUCUCUAUGGAUUCCCCCGCUGUGUCUCACAGGGAUUCUCAAGAGGAUGAUGACUACGUAACGGUCUGAAUUGGGAUUGUGGCAAGCAGUCUGAGUGAUUGGGAUUGUGGCUCAUUAUUUAGCUAGAGUAAUUAGGGUUGAAUAGACUAAUACAACCAUGGUCAAG